AUGACCUUCGGUGAUAGGUUUUCCGCACCAUUCAGGGCAAGCGCUUUCCAUAUCCACCCCAGCAUGACUGCGAAAUCCUGGACAGAGCCAAAUGUGAAACCAGCUACCAUGUUUGCGAAGCGCAAGCCUACCGACACUACAGCACAUGUACGCCCUGCAAAGAGAAAAUCUGUCGUGGCCGAUUCAGUUGCGGAUGACGCUAGUGGGCGAGGUGCCAUGAGCGACAAUCCUAUGGCCGAAGGUGACAAGCCCACAGUCAUCGACUUGAAGAUGGACGAGGAAAUGUCCGACCUCCCGACUGCUGGGGCUGAGAAAUCCUCAGACUCGGGACACUCUCCUGCUGGCUCGGCUCGGCAACCUUCGCUCGACACGCGAAUUGACGGCACCCAACCUUCACUCAUGCCUCGAGACUCUCAGUCACCGUUCGCGAGUGAGAGUCGUAUUCUGGACAGCGAAGCUCAGAUCUCGCCUGCGGCACAGCCAGACGUAUCCUCGACCAAUACGUGGCGUGGUGACAUGGUGACCGUAGCAACUUCACUGAACCAACUGACGGGCAACAUACCACACUCCUCUACUUCACCACCUCGUCCUUCAGCUGGUCCGUUAGUACCUCGUCCCCAACUAGUUGGCCCUUAUGGUACAGGAUUAGCGGGUCUGUCACAAUCAUUCGGAUUCCAGGCUCAAUUUCUAGAUUUCGUCGAUUCAUCGGGACACGGACUCUUUGGCCGACCAGAAGCUCAGGCCCAUGUGGCAGCUGAGAGACAGCUGAUCUUGCAGGCCUUCCAAGAGCCGCCAUCAACGCCCUCCGGUCGCCAUUCACAGCAGCAGCGCGGAUCUGUUACAACGCCGAACAUAAGUCCGCCUCCGAUGCACCGUUCGCGAAACAAGCAAUGCUGCUCGUCUCCUGCCCUGUCCUUGGCCCAGCGCGGAGGGCUGGUCUAUUGCCAGAACUGUCAUUGUGCCACAAAAGAAGACACCGAAAUUAGUGAUGCAUCUUUUAGCACUUCUUCUAGCUCUUCUUCUUCGGAAACCCUAGUUCAAUGCUGUUUCAACCCGAACCCUUUCGAUAUCAGCGAGGAGGAUGAUAUCACUGGCCCCAAUAUUGUGUGUCUCAAUUGCCACACGCCGCACGAUGCAGCGGAUAUCUUCGCACCAAAUACACAGUCUAAAGCUGCCAAAUAUUUGGUGUCAGAGUCCUCCAGCUCGGUUUUCUUGCGCGGACGGGCCGUGUCGUUGGAUCGGUCUACCGCUAUCGAAGACAAAGGCGAAGACGACAUCAAGCACCUUGGCUCUAUGAAUGUGAAGGAAGAUCUAGAUCCGAACCGCAUCCGCAUGGUAAAAUACAUAAAAAGUGAACCAGGCGAGAUACCGAGGCCAUACAAGCCAGUACCAACAGUAUACCGCCAGUCAUUUGGCGAGGCUCUGUUCAGUCAGUGUUACGACGCAGAAAAGAGCUUUUGUCCUGCCCCUUUUUUCCAAAAGUUCAUGGAACUUCCGCGGGAACUACGCGAGCGGGUCUACGGAUUCGCGUUGAAGAGCGACAAACCUAUCGCCCCUCAUCUUUGCGAUGCAGGCCGGCCAGCUUCUGAAGGCAAGGCUGAUUACGGAAAGGCUAUCCGGUUCCACGACGAGAACCAGACCGCUCACAAUGCUACCUGCAAGCUUCUCACAAUAACGCGCGUCUCGAAGCAGGUCCGCGAGGAGAGUCUGCCCAUCUUCUACGGCGUAAACACCUUCCAAGCUAAUGGAGAUACGCCGACCUACUUCUUCCGUCUCCAACAGCUGGGUCGUUUCCAUAUGAUCCGCCACGUUGACUUCUGGGUCCGGUUCUGGAAGAACGAUCAAUACCCGCAAAAGCAUAUGAGGAUGCUUUUGCAGAAUAUCGAGGAACAGAAAGCCUUCGAGAUAAACCACCGACAAGCGAGACAGAAUGAGCGCUCCAACAAGGCCAAAGCAGCAACUCCGGCCAAGAUCACAGCCGCCAAAGGUCGGCUCUCCAAGGUCCCGAAUGUCUCAGAGGAUACCAAGUUCUACACCGACGAUGUUGAUGUCCUGAAGAGCCACCCGCUACACCUGAUGGGCGGGCUUGAAGCACACUUCUCGUCCUCAUUCCUCGUCCUUCGUAUGCUGAGUGCUCAGUUCCAAGAUAGCGAAUACAACCGCCAGCUCGUCAUCCACGUGCCCACCACAACGCUCUUCGAGCAGUACAAUAGCUUGAAGUACUUUCCCUCGGUGUGCGAGGGUCUCGGCAUCCAGCUGAAGCUCAUCUCAGGACGCCACGUCGAAUUUUAUGGCUCCUCGUUCCGCUUGAGCUGGGCCCAGAAGUACCAGAAGAAGGACUUCACGGCCUCGACGACGGCAAAGGAUUGGGAUGAGGCGGAGGCGCUGACUCAGCGUGUGCAAGCCCUGUAUCCAAACAUUGAGGAGUUGAAGAGGCCUGCAAAGUGGACGUACAUGCGUCGCCUUUGCAAGCAGAACGAGAUCGAGUGGUUCAGUAUCAAGACUGCUGGUGGUGGCAUCCGCUAG